UGUCUUGACGGUCUCUUGACAGCCGUUCCUCGGUGACACAUCUCCUCCUCCUCCUCCUCCUCUCUCCUCCUCCUCCUCCUCCUCGCCAUUGUGUGAGUGGAGCUCGGUGAGUGUUGAGGUCGAGGCAGCCGCCGCCGGAGGAGGGGAAAGGACCGAUGGCGGAGUAUUGAAACAAACUAACAACCGAACAAACAACCGGACUUAACGGCUCGUUUCUCCUCCAUCUUCUUCUUCUUCUCCUUCUUCCUCCUGAACCGUCCGCCGCUCACCGCUCCUCCUGGCCUCACCGACGACCGACGACACCCAUGCAGCAGAGGAGACCCUGGUGGAUGGGACUAGCUACAUGUGAUUUAUGUUGGGUAACGGGGUGAAGCGGAAACUGGACGAGGAUGAGGAUGUUUUGGGGGAAGACCGGCGUCCUCUGGCAGUCGGCGGCAUGUCGCAGGUGUCCUACACCCUGCAGCGUCAGACGGUCCUCAACAUGUCCCUCAUGAAGCUGUACGGUCCUCGGAUGGGCGCCGACCUCGGCCUCCAGCGCCGAGUCCUCAUCAACAACAUCAUCCGCCGCAUCCACGACGACUUCAGGCAGGAAGGAGGCGUCGACGCUCUCUUCUUCUCUGCUGCGCCGCCUGUCGCUGCUGCCGCCGCCUGCGAGGACGAAGGCUACCGACAGCCUACGCCUCCUCCCUCCUCCUUCAGCAUCCUCUCGUCGCCGCUGUCGGGACUGACGGCGCUGGACUCCUGCCUGACUCCCGCCUCGCUGUUGGAGGAGGACCUGCCCAUGUUCUUCACCCUGCCGCCCUCCUCCUCCACCCAACACCACCCACCACACCACUCCCCGAGGCCGCCGCCACCGCCCUCGCCGUCACCCAAAGACAGCUUCUCCUCAGCCCUGGAGGAGAUCGAGGAGCUCUGUCCUUCCUCUUCGUCUUCCUCUUCCUCGGUUUCGCCGCCGCCACCUCCUGCUCGGGUUCUGUUUGAUGUUGUCAUGAAGGAGGAGGGGCGGGGCUAUCAGGAGGUGGAGAGCAGGUUGGAGAAACCCUCUCCACCUCCUCCUCUUCCUCCCUCUCCGUCCUCCCCGGGCUCCUUCCUGACUGACUUCGCCCUAGACGACGUCCUCUUCACAGACAUUGACACGUCCAUGUACGACCUCGGACCCUGCCCGCCUUCAUUGGGAGCACCGCCAUCCAAGAUGGCCCCCGUCGUGAUGGCGGACGACCUCGUCCGGUCGAUGUCCGGGUACGGAGCGGCGGGCGCCGGCGCCCAGAACCAGCCUUUUAAAAUGGACCUGGCUGAGCUGGACCACAUCAUGGAGGUGCUGGUGGGCAGCUGAGAGAGACUUUUUUAUAACUUUUUGUUAAUUUUGUACAGUUUUAAAGUUGCAACGUGCUUCACACUGGUUUUAUUCUGGAGGAUUCAAGCUGCUGCGUGUUGAGUUUAACAUCAACAAAUUAUUAGGACAUUAGUUUACACACAUAAGCUGUUAUUCAGAGAUAAAUCUGCUGGAUCCUUUUAUUCAACAAAACAGGUGGAGAGCGCUGUUGUUCCAGAAGGUUUCAGAGAUGACAGGAAUGGAAAAAUAAUGCUUCAACCUGUUUAUCCGUGUCAGAAAGAGGAGAGACAGUAUAAAGGCCUGGUCAAUAUUUGGUUUUAAAGGCUUGGUGAUGUAGUGAGUUCGUGCUGAGCUACAGGUAGUUAACCACUUACAGUAUAUUCUUUUUUAGGAUCACUCAGUAACAUCUGUCCAGAAACUAAAGGUAGAAAAUAGCUUUUUAGCUAACUCUGCAGUGCAUUUACAGCCAUGUUUAUUAAUACUUACCGUCUCUAUCAAGCAACCAAUAAAUGAAAUGAAUAAAAUAACGAUAUCCAUCAUGAUAGCAUUAUUGUAUUUUAACCAACAUGCUAGCACUAAUAAGUAGGGGUGUAUCAAUACUGUAUAUCGAUAUGGAUCGAUUCAAUGAUCAAAGAUCCAAUAUCAUCGAUGCAAAGUGAAAACAUUGAUACACAUCGUCAUCUUUAAGACACGCCUUUAUUUUGAAAUUCCCAUGGCACGUCCGUGUCGCCAUGUCCUUCCAAGCGCAGCUCAUUCCUAAACAUUCAAACAUUGCUUCAACAUGAGAAAUGCUGCACUGUAUAGUAAACAACAGGAAGUCUAUUUUUAUUCUUCUAAUUAAAAAGAAUAGAUUGUUUUUCUUUUCAUUGUCUGGAAGAGCCCAGUGAUAAAAUUGUCAAAUUUGAGUUGCUUUCUGUUGAAACAAAAUCAGUUGUAACUGAUUGUGUUAAAUUGAAUCGAAAUGAUAUCACAGCAGACUUUGUGGUAUCAUCAAAUAUUGUAUCGUUUUCUAAAGAAUCGAUAUAAUAUUGUAUCGUGAUCCAACUUGUGAUUUACAUCCCUACUAAUAAGUUACAAAAGCUUUCUGAGCUUCUUGUUCUCAGGACUGUUCGUUAGAAAAACAAGCGCUCGCUAACGGGACAGUGAAUCCACACAGUUUAUACAGUAUAAUCGACUCCUGUCUCAUAACUGUCUGCUAACCAAGUUUAUACCCCAACAGCUAGUAAGCUACGAUAGCAUCCUCCAUUUAGGACUCUCUGUUCCCUCAAAGAUCAGCUCUGUCAAGACAGCUUGCUUUUCGUCAACGGUGCAAUUUUUUAAAUGUCAAAAUUCAGCUGAACUGGCAAAAUUUUGGAUGUACUUUACUUCCAUUGAAAUGAACUGAUUUCGGUGCUAAAUGUUGAGGUUUUGAAUGCUGGAGUGACCAGGCCUUCAAUGUGUGAGGUACAGUUAGCUUUACUAAUGUUUAUAAAAGCACACACAGCAGCUUGAAUCACUGAGUUAAAGUAUUGGAAGCACACUGUCAUCCUGGGCUGCAUACUGAUGAUCCACCGUUAGAAUGAUUUCCUCACAAAUGUGGAAACAGAAGCUCAGUCUUUGUCUUCCACCGAGCUCCAGGUUCAAUAACGCCAGCGUGAAGUACCGUCCUGUUUUUCUACCGCUGUCCGAGAAAUUGUAAGAAACAAAAAAAUCUCCAGAGACUUUUUUUCUACCGUCGGUGCAUGUUUCUACAAAUAAGAAAGAAAAAAGAUCUCAAUAGCAUUUAUGAAAAACAAUCCAGUGCCUUUUUUAAAACCUCGAUAACACGGUCACGUCUUGCUGUUGCUCGUCACGUAGCAAUACCAACUCUGAAGGAAGUUUAAUUACCUUGAUUUCAUCAUCCAGAGGAUCCAGCCUGCAAAAUGGAUUUGAAUUAGUCAACAAAGAAUGUGAAAGUCUUUUUAAAAAAGCAACACACGUGUAAAUGUUGAGCUGAUUGUUGUUAAAUGAAAAUGUAAAGUCUGCUGUUUUUCUGUAUUUUUCUUAUUGUUAAUGAAUCCCACGGAAAGAAACACAAACAAUACAUGUCAGUCAAUUUAUGUUUGUUUUUGUUCUUUUCAUUGGAUUUGAUAAGAAGAAAAAUAUAUAAUAACACCAGGCUUCUUGUUUCAAACUUAAUUUGGCAUUUUGUUUUUACAUCUGUAGCUUGUUUAUUGCUGAUGAUAUCCGUCACACUUCCUGUCCACACAUUGACUUUGUGUCUGAACACCACUGUAGUUGUUGUUGCUGGUUAAAAUCCAACUUGUAGUUUUAGUAGCACGAAGAAGAGAAAAAAAUCUCAUUGGUUGAGUUAAAAACUGACAGCGAGCGCAAAUUAGCUAAAUGAAAUUCAAAUGGCUAAGAAUGAACUCAAGUAUAAAUAUUAAAUAAAAAAAUGAAAUAAACCCGGACAGAGAGGAAUUUAUUUCACAACAAUGACCUGCUAGCUGUACAUUUUUUUAGUUUCAUGCUCUAUUUCCUUAAAGCUUCAUUGCAUCAUUGCAUCAUCGUCUUCAUGUGUUUUUAAAGGAGCUCCAAUCUCAUUUUAUUCCGCUCAAAUAUGUGGUUUCUCACUUUUAACUCAACCAAUGAAGUUAUUUUAUAGUUUUAAAACUACAACCUGGAGUUAAUAAAAACCUCACAUCUGGAAAAACAAGUAUGUAAUUUAUGAUGUGAAGAAGUUAAAUUGCAAUAACGGAGGUAUUUCCUCAACAGUGGUGGUGAUACAAACUUUAAUAUGCAGACGUUCCCUUUAGCAGAAAUAACUCUAUGAAUUAUUUAUUAUCUCUCAGCUUUCCGUGUAUAUUUAUUGUAACUCUGGACACUAAUAUUUUGUUUGUACAGAACAUAAAUAUGUAUUCUUUCAAAGGGGAAAAUCCACCAAAACCGACUUCUAAGUGGACUUGAAAGAUGAACUCAGAGGUCAUUUUGGGGGAAAUCUCUUCUAUGAAAUGUACCGUCAUUUAAUAAAUGAUUGGAGUUUUUUUUUAAUACUAUGUAAUAUAUUUUAGGAUUCCAGCAAUGCAAACGCCCUCAGUUCAACCUAUGCCACAGCUCUAAUGUAUAUGUGUGAGUGAGAAAGUUCUAUAUGGAUAAACACCGAGCCAGUUUUUUUUAAUCUGAACUCCAAAAUCCUUUUGUUCGUUUGUUGGUCUCCAGCUGGUAUUAACGUGCUAUCUGUAUGUGUAGUUCUGGUUUAUUUAGGUACAUUAGUCAUUGUAAAUAGAUCAGAUUGAUCAGACCCGGAUCAAUCAUGUCCUGAUACAUAAAUAUUGAAACUGAAUCCAGAUCUGGUUAACGUCUGUGUCUCCACCUGCUGGACAGAUGAUGUAACAGCAGGUUGUCACACCAAUAAGAACUGAGUCCUUAUUACAGACUAAUUGUAUA